AUGUAUAUGUUCCCUGGAGUUGCAGUCAUCACCGGCGCAGGUGGAACGGGAAUCGGCGCAGCAACUGCAAAAGCCUUUGCGGCAGCUGGAUGUAAAAUGAUAGCAAUCACGGAUCUUAAUGAGAAGACUUUGCAGCAGACUGCAGAGUCCAUAACAUCAACACAUCCCGAAACAGAGGUCCUAGUAAAGGCCGGGAAUGUGGCCGACGACCAAUUCGCAGACUCCUUCAUCGAUACAGUUGUGUGGAGAUUCGGACGAUUAGACUAUGCCGUGAAUUGUGCAGGUGUCAUUGGCAAGUCACUGCGUUCAUCAGAGACCUCCCUCGAGGAAUUCGACCGUGUGAAUAACAUCAACUACCGAGGUUGCUGGCUGUCGUCUCGCGCAGAACUUAAGCAGAUGGUAACGCAAGAAGCGCUCCCUAGCCAUGAUCCCAAUCGUCCGCCUCAGCGUGGGGCUGUGGUAAAUGUUGCCAGUCAGCUUGGCAUUGUUAGCCGUCCAGGAGCUCCGGCAUACUGUGCAUCGAAAUCUGCUGUGGUUGGAAUGACACGCGCAGAUGCAAUUGACUACUCCAAAGACGGGAUUAGAGUCAACUGUGUCUGUCCCGGUGUGAUCGAAACGCCACUGGUGAUGGAGAAGGCUGAGGUUCGUGAAGCCAUUAUGCCAGCAGUGGAGACUGCACCAAUGAAAAGGAUGGGUCAACCGGCCGAAGUGGCUGAUGCAAUUCUUUUCUUGUGCUCAACGCAGGCUUCGUUUGUACAGGGUCAUGCCAUGGUGGUUGAUGGUGGAUAUAUCACGCUUUAG